CAUAUAAGCCGACCGAUAAGACAAAAGAAAAUCACUUUAUCACAGAUAUUUUGAUAAGCUAAUAGAAUUCAAAUUUUUCUUCCAAAUUCUAUCGAUUGAAUUAUUAAAUUAAAAUGAAACUUCAAUUCAUUUUACUAUCGUUUGUUCUUGUAACCGUUUUGGCAACAAAUGAAUAUGAAUAUAAAAAACUGGUUUUCAUUACAAACUUACACAUCGGGGCAGCUUUUACACAAGACGAAGAAGGAUUGCGGACUGUAAUUAAAAAUAUUAUAAUUGGAUAUAGACCAAUGGGACAAAUUGCUAUGAUGUUGGCUGUGCCGGAAUUAGCAGAUCUUACCAAUAUACGACAGUCCAUGGACAACCAAAUUUUUUUGCAAGAAGACAUAUUGCGUGUCACGUCGAUUCCUGUGCCUCAAGUUGACCCAAACCGAGAUUUUAGCGGUUACUUAUUGUCAGAUAUUGGAGAAGCUAGAAGAGUUGUUAUUAAAGUAGCUACAAAACCUUUAAUGCUCGCUGCACUAAAUGGAGUUGAACCUGAUUUUUACGAUUUUGCCGCGUUAUGUCGUUUAAUAGGAAUAUACAAAGAUUUAAAAUGUUCAAAUUCUUUUAUAAUUACGGCUCGGGCUGACUCUUAUGGUAAUUGUACCUUAAAAAAUGAUGAAAAUAUUAAAAGCUAUUAUAGAAUCAUAGACAACCAAAUGUGGGAAGUAGAGUUCACUGAAUUCAAUGUAUCAACACGAUUACUAAUUGAAGAGAUUGGUGGUUGGUAAUUUAGAACAGCAAACGCAGCUAAAACAUACAAGAAAUUAUAUAGUACCAACUGUUUUUUUUUUAUAUACCAUUAAGAUUUAUAAUAUUGUACUGCACAAUUAUCCAAAUUAUAAAUUAUUUCAAUGCAUUUCAUAAUAAAAAGUUUUGCUCAUGAUUAUAAGCAUAUUUAGUGUUUA